AUGACAGUAUUAGAAACAGUAUAUGCAAUCCAAAACUUUGAAGCAGAAAAUGAAGAUGAGUUAACAUUUCAAAUCGGCGAGCCUAUCAGUAUCCUACAGAAAGAUGAUGGUUAUAAUGAUGGCUGGUGGAAGGGCGAGAACACACGUGGUGAUAUAGGCCUCUUUCCGAUGUCUUACACUACCUACAAAGAACCACUUAACUGUCAACAAAUCGCACAACUUCCUACACCGUCUAACUCGGAUGUCGUAAUGACAAAAAAGGGUGCAGCCCCUAUCAACUUAACAACAAGCUUCUUUAACGGCAGUAAUAACGAAACAAGAUCUUUAAUGGAGCAGUCAUCCUACUCAUUCACCUGUCCAACAGGUCCUACAACAGCAGCAGCUACAGCAGCAUUGUCGAACCAUCUUGGUGGUUUUAACAACGUUGCUAUCCGUAGAUUGGUUAUCAAAGCUUUGUUUUUACCUGCUUUGCGCUCAACGCCACCUGAAACAUGGAAUGUUAAUCAAGUAGAAAUCUGGUUGAAUGCUAUGGACUUUCAAAGCGUAGCUACGAAUUUCAAAUGUCAGGAAAUUACAGGGGAUAUUUUGUUAGAGUUAAAUAUGGGGUCUCUGAAAGAGCUAGACGUGCCUACAUUUGGUAAAAGAUAUAAAAUUCAUACAGCCAUUCAAAUUCUUCGAAACGAAUGUGGACUUAAAAAUCAACCGAAACGUGUAUCUGUCUGUUCUCCCACUUGCUUUGACGAUUAUCUUACCAACGAAAAAAGCUCUCAUUCACCUGAGUACUCUAUAUCGUCUCACACUAAACAUUCAAUUACAGAAAAUACAAUCUUCAUGACAGAAAAUAAAUGCCAUAAGCAUCGUAAAAGCGUUUACAGUAGCAAUGAAAAAGACAACUUUCACGAUGAUGAUACAUAUCAAUUAUCUCCGAGUUCAUAUUCUGGCUCUUCUCCUUUAACUCCAACAUCAACUGUUGAUAUAGCAGAUAUGAAGCAGGGCUAUUUCGAGCAUUUGAAUGGAGAUGAAGAAACAUUCCUGUCUGCAGAAAACAGUAAUAUGUAUACGAUCCAACAGACACAAUAUAACCAAAGAAUAAAUUCAGCGAACAGUCGAAGCUCUUUAGACAUGUACUGUUAUGAAGAAACAGAAAAUGUCUCACCUGAUAUGGAAGGCUGGCUCUAUAAGCAAAGUUGCAAAUAUAAAAAAUGGAAUAAGCGAUGGUUUGUCUUGAAAGGUCCCAAUUUGUUUUAUUUCAAAAGCCCAAAGGAUGUCCGUAUGAAAGGUAUCAUCAACCUGAGAGGCUACAAAAUUGUGGUGGAUGAGACAAUUCAACCUGGUACAUUUUCAUUCAAAGCACAGCAUGAACAAGAGCGCACCUUUUUCUUCUAUACCCAUAUAGAACAAGAGAUGAAAGCCUGGAUUUCUAGCUUGAUUAAAGCAACGAUCUCAAGAGAUUUUGCGGUUCCUGUUUUGAGUUCAAGCAUUAUACCAACCGUCUCGCUUGAAGUAGCUCGCCGUAUGCGACCUAGACCUCCUUCCGUUUUACUGCAUCGAAAAGGAGGGGCAGUUUCGAAAUCAUCCCCAGUUAAUUCUUCAUCGUCUAAAGCUCGCAAAUCAAUUAAAGGCACCAGCGGCCUCAUUAAUAGUAGUGGUAGUGCUGGUUAUCUAAACCCCCGUACCUCUCCUGAUGCAAGUUCAACAUCUAUCCUAACAGCUCUUACAGGCUCAAACUCGACACCUCACACAAUGACCACCACAACAUCUUUACGGAUAACAGAAAAAGAAGAAGAGGAAGAUUCAUGCGAUUCAUUCAAAGAUACUGAGCAUGGUACGAGCAGCUCUAUUGGAAAUGACGAUGAAUGCGAUCAGUUUCUAGUAGAAGAAGAAGACAGUGAUGAUAGCAAGACAUUAACAUUAUUGGAAGUUUUGAACCAAAGCCAUAGUAUUACAGACGAAGAAAAUAGUCGAUUGCUUUAUCAAACUAGAGAAGAGACUUGUAACCAAAGCUAUGAUGACAUACUUAGUAUAGACCAGAAAACCUUCAUUGAUGCAUCAUUCUGGUCAGCUAAGGAAUAUAUAACCUGGGUAAAUACAAUUUGUACCAAAUCAAAGAUCUGUAGUCUGAAAGAAAUACGCCAAGGCGACGUUUUGAAAGAGAUUCUCCAACAUAUAAGCGGCAAACAAGUGAAGAAAUGUGCCUCUCCCAUAGUUAAGGGUACAAUCAGUAUGUUGAUGCCAGACGGUAUCGUAGACGCUUUUAAUUUUAUGACAAUGGAGGGAAUUGAGUUAGACGAUCAGUUUACCAUUAAAGACAUAUACAGUGGUAAGGAAGACAAGAUUAUGCUGCUAUUGAAGUCUAUAUUAAACUGGUCUACAAGCCUGCAAGAUUAA